AUCUGACCAAAACGAAGCGUGCAACGGAUGUGACGUCAUGACGUGUUGACGCAGCUUUGGCUGUGGAGGCGACUGUGCCUCCCUGACAGUAAUUUCUUCUUACAAUCUUUUUUUUCAAGAUUUUUUUUAUCGCAGUGCGAAUGACAGUCCGUGAGGGACAGAGACACCUUUCAUGUAGUGUAAGCCAUCGAAAAAUCGACUCCAUGGAGGUCGCGGACAGCCCGCUCAAUCUCGCUCAUCAGCAGUGCAGGAAGGCAGACCGUUUGCUAGCAGCUGGAAAGUAUGAAGAAGCCGUCUCCUGCCAUGGAAAAGCAGCAGAUCUUUUGACAGAUGCAAUGAAGACAACAGAGUGUGAGCAGGCUCGUCUGUCCAUGGAGCUGCAAAGGGACAGUCAUAUCAAACAGCAGCGACUCAUCCAAGAGCGCUGGAAGAGAGAGGCUCGUCGUGAGGCAACAAAGGCCCGACCUGGCCCAGUGCAGCCCUCCAGCAGCCCAGCCCUCCUUACCCAAACCCAGUCCACAGGCCAGCUCCAGCCCCAUGGUUCCCCAGGCCUCUCAGCUGCAGAGUGUGGAGGAUUCAAGGAGAGAGAGUACGACACCUUGCUCUUCCAGCUUCAGACUCGGCAGACUGGAGGCUGCCAGCCUUUGACUCCAUCGUGCCCUGGAUCUAAGACCACCAAAGACGACAAAACUCGCCUGGAAGAACAACAGACCACGAUCGAGGACCUGCGGCGACUGGUCGACCACCUGAUGGACGAAAACCAGCGGCUGGUGGCCGACAACGAGCGGCUACAAUCGGAAAACGCCCGGCUGCGCUCCGAGGCAGCGGACUUUGUGGAGCGUUCGGAGCUCUGGGUACUCCCUCAAGCAGGUGCCGCUUUGGGAACAGGGGGGGGGCAGGAGAGGAAAAGCACGGGGAAGGGGAAGGACAUCGCAAUCCCUCAGCUGCCACCGCUGGAGAUGCCAGCUCAGGAAGAUCUGUGUCUGGAUGACCUGCCUCCUCUGGAGCUGCCAGAGGACAUCCAGAAUGAACUACAGGAGCUACUGGACAGGGAUAAACUGUGAUAAAAGACAUGUUUCUCUCUCUCUCACACACACACACACACACACACACACACACACACACACACAGGCACCAGGGUUCAAUCAGUAUGGCUUUUGAGUUUGGAUGCCAAAAUGUUUGACAUCUGAAAUUCACAGGCUCUGUCUGAUCAGACCUCUGCUCAAGUUAAAGGUAGAGCUCCGCACUCUGCACUUGAAGAAUGAUACAGGUAAAAGUUAUCAGGUGCAGCAGAGUGAGGGAGAUGUCAGUCAGUCAUACAGUCUUGAGAAGGGGUCUAACACCUGUACCACUAAUACAAUGCAAUCUAAGUCAAAGAUAAAGGAAUAGGUCACAUCAGUGAGGUUGUAUGUCAGUAUGUCAUACAGUGAGCUCUGUAUCAGCCUUCAGGAAAACAACUGAAGUUGUCCGGAACGUGUUGUUUAGAUUGAGCGUGAAAGUUCAUUCGUGAGUGAGAUCUGAAUGGUAAAAACAAUGGAGAAAGACGAGCACAUGUAGGCUUCAGUAUCACUGUAGGGCUGUCAGCCAAUGACUGUAGAGAUUGAUUAAUGAAAAAUGUUAAUUAACUCUUUAAUUUAGUAAAUAUUAAAUAAGCAACAAUAAUACAUUGUUUUAUUGUUACAUUGGUGGAUUUCUUUUGUAAUUUGUGUUAUUACAAUGUCAAUGUGAUUUUGUAUUUCCUUUUUUUACUUAGUGCACCAGAACCUUGAAAUUCUGUUUUCGUUUUGGCGCUCUAGUUUGUGAAUGAAUGUUCUUCCAGGAAUCCAGGAGGUAAUCGUGUAAUCGUGGACCCACAGCAAAGUAGUUCCGUUUCAGAACACUUAAGAUGCUACACAAGCUGGUUGGAGUACAUGUAUGGUUAUUUUCUGUGCUUUGGUCCUCUAUCAGAACAUGUUCCCAGCAGCCUCAGUUGUUAUGGAGAAUGUUGAAGUGAAGCAGCACCAACACACUCACUUGAUGUUACACUGACAUACAAACUCCACACUGAUUCAUCUUACAUGAGUGGCUUGAGUGGAUAAUGAACUGCUCCUUUAGGGCAUCAUUGGAAGUGCUCAGCACCAACUUGACCUAUUAACAAUGUCAAAGGUAUUGGUCUAACCCUACACCACACACACACACACACACACACACACACACACACACACACACACACCUAUAGAUCAGGAUCGUGUGCAGUGGGAAACACUGGAAACAGUCACAGAAAAGCAUAUUGCUGUUGUUGAGGACAAACUACAUUACUGCAUUUUUAAAUUUUCUUUUAGAGUACUUGAAUUAAAGGCUUCACUGAUCAUUUGUGUGUGUAGUGAUUUUUUUAUGAGCAGGUGACAUGACAUGGCUGCUAAUGAGAGAAUAAGCUCUCUUUCUGAUUUUCUUGCAGAUUGGUGUUUUUGUGCAACAACAGCAAUACACACACACACACACACACACACACUGAUGGCAUGAACUAAAACCUGAGGUUAAUGGGAAUGAAGGCUGAAGCACACAGGGGAUAGAGCCGUGCAGACACAUCCAGUCACUGCUUGUUCACACUGCGAGCAACUAGGCUGAUGGGUGGGCUUUCAUAAUGCUCUCCAAUGAAAGGGCACCUUGCAAAUCACCUGCUGACCCUUUUCCAACAGUCUAGUUUAUUAGACUUUUGAAUGCGUUUCAUCUUCAGGGCAGACACUGCCACAUCUGUACAGACUUGAAACUCACUUGUUGGACUGAAACAAUUAAUUGAUUAAUCAAUUAGUUGAACAGAAAAGUCAAUAUUUUGAUAAUCAAUUAAUCAUCUAAGUUUUAGUUUUUUCAGCAAACAUGUAAAACAUUCAUUGGUUCAAGCUUCUCUCAUGAUCUUGUGAGGAUUUUCUGCUUCUCUGUUUUAUAUCAUUUUAGCGAAUAAUUGUUUUGGACUGUUGUUGAACAAAACAAGUAAUUUGAAGACGUCAUCUUGGGCUUUAAGAAAUUUAAGAGGUGCAUUUUUCUCUAUUUUCAGACCAAAAGAUGAAUCCUUAAUCAUGAAAAGAAUUGUUGUUAGUUGCAGCCCUAUUUGCUUGAGUAACACAAUACAUCACAUCAUGGCAAUGAUGACAUAUCAAGCAUGUUGUGCGAAGUUAAUUUCCAUACCUUAUGGUAAGGAAUGGAAAGAAAUGGUUGCCUGGAAGUCAAGAGAAACACAUUCAGAAAUCUAAAGCACUGUUAGAUGUUGGAAGUUGGUCAGCAGGAAUGAAGUUAAACGGACUAAAACAUGCAAACACACUGGUGCGGUUCUUUUAAAGCUGCAUUAAUCAGUUUCUGUUCACAAGGUGGCUAAAGAACUCCAAAAGAAGUUGAUAGAGACAGCCUGGAUAGAUUAUCAACUUGUAAAUCUGUUAUGGCUAGCAUGUUAGCAAACAGUCAACUAUUUACACAUCCAGCAGACGCAGAGCGACAUUAGCAUUCAUUUGGAGUUGUGUUUCUGGCUGAUGCUCUGCUUGGGUCUUCAGCAGCUCCUGAGGGAAAUAUCUGGCAUCAGCUGCUGCUGUCUGCUGGGCAGGCAGUGUGCAGUGGCUUUAUUAAAGCUUGUUUGCUGAAAAACAGCUCCUUGCAGUUAGGCAUGAUGAGAGCGCACAGACACUGAACCAUAAAGUAAUUGUGCUGUAAAACCAAAACAAUGAGCUAAAUGGCUCUGCAGGGUUGCCUUGUGUUAUCUGUGGAUACAUCCCUUCGAGCCUCACCUUUCCCAUUAUUUAGACAUUUGAUUUGGUGUUGAUGUAAAAAAACUUCAUUACUGCAGCUUUAACUGAUCUGAGCAAAGCACUAAAUCUGGCAGUAACAGCUGUGAAACUUUGAUUUCAUCAACAAUGAAGACGUGUGAUUGGCUGUUGUUGGCACAAAGAAAAGACUUGCUUGCAGUCUGAAUGCAUGUGGCAUGUGCAUGCACACACUAUCACACACUUUGAGGCAUUUGUACAAACUCAUGGACUCAGAACAGCAUUUCUUUCCUGGAACAAUAAUCACAUGCAGAACUGGCUGCAAACAGGACAUUAUGCUGUGUUCACGACCUAUGCAAAACAGAUAGAUAGUGUUUACCUUAGCUUUCCGAAAAUACCCGUUUCUUAGUAAGGGUCAGCAUUAGGGUCAAUCCUAAUGCUGACAUGUGGACAACUAGAAAAGAAUGUUUUCUUUUUAAGUACAGCUAAUUGAUUUUCAACACAAUAUCACCUUUUAUGAUCACAGCUCUUGAAAGCUAUGGCAGGACACAAAGUCUUGGCCCAUGUUUGUUUUAUCAUUGACAUGAUAAUGUUAAUGUGUUCUGAAUAACUGUCAGGUUGUUUUGAUUAUCAUUCUCAUAGGACGUGAAUGCAGCAUUACCAUGAUUACAGACACACUUCAUUCAGCUAAAGGGAGUCACUUCACACUUGUUAUUGAUGGCCUGAGUACAAAAUGAAAGCUUAAACUGCCGGCUGGCCGGCUAGCGUUAAUCAAAGCAGCCGAAACAGCUUCAACAACCCUCCAAAACUCUGUACCUUCUCAACAAACCCAACCCGUGCCUUGGACAACUUUCUGUACUGUGGUGGCAGUCACAUCUUGGGGUCUUUUCACUUAAUGUCUGACAGGAAGGUUAACCAAACUGUCCAUCAGACAGAUGAACACUGACUGAAAACAACAGUUCUAGAGUCAUCUCAGCUCUUUAGAGUGCCACUUGGCUCCUAACAAAAGCCCACAUCUGUAUCCAUGACACACUCAUUGGUCGGAAUAGGUAUCUAAUGCCAUGUUAGCACGGGCCCCCACAGCCUGCUGUAACCACACUGUGCCAAGUCAUGAUCAUGUGUUUCCACUGUGGCUUCACAGCAAGGAUAACCAUUAUUACUGUUGCCUUGUGGCCCUGCUUGGUAGCAGAGCUGGCCAAGGAGAUUAGCGGUGCUUUGUUAGCAAUGCUAUCAUUCAAUAAACGGUGGUUACGUAACAAGA